AUGUCAACGUCAAAGGUGCUUCUUGCGGACGGCACGGAGGGUCUUUUGAACCGAGGCGAGUCGUAUUGUAGUUUGGCGUCCAUCAACGGCGCUGUUUGGGCUCUGCGCUCAUGCGGAGAGUACGUUGACGUGCUUGAUUCCCAUGGAAGUGAUGUGCUGGACUCGGUGCAUCUGCCGGAGAGGUGCGGAGCGAUUCGGACUGCAGCGAAUAAAUUAUGGCUCCUCACACGCAGUGGUCACAUCAUCCUAUGUGACAUGAGCGGUGUGCUGAUUGGUGUGCUUAAUGCGGGCCUGGGAAGAAUCGAUAAUUUACACACCUUUGAGAGUUGUCCUUUAUUUUUUGUGACUAGCCAGAAAGGUGCCUUUCAAACGUGGGAUUUGGAACAAAUGGCGGUACGUCGUGUGUUCCCGUGUGAGGGCGCCGACAUCCUUGCGGUCUUUCCCGUCAACUCUGAGGCGCUAUUAUUAACUGUACAGGAGGACCGAAUGGCACUCUGGGGAGAGAAGACCUCUUGCCCUGUAUGUGUACACACCGUGGAGUCUGCUACCACGGCUGUGUUGGUGAGCGCACAACGUGAGACGGCGCAUGCCAACUCCUGCUGGGUGGGGGGGAAACAAUGGAUAACUGUAUUUCAUAUACUGGAAACUAUUAAUGGUAGGGCAGCUUUCAAAAAGGAGCGAUUGAUCCCAUGCGCAAGGGUGCAACAGCUUGUCUCAAUGUCUUUAACACGUAUUGUGUCGUUUGAUGCGGAGUUUUUGGUGACGGUCUGGGAUUCCUGCAGCUGCACACCUCUAAGGCUUUUUAAGGUUAAUUCUGCAAUGGGAAUUGGGCGUGAUACUGUCGUCGCUGGCCUGUUUCUGACCGGUGUCGUUCGUGUGGCGAACCUUUGGAUGCUUUGUGGGAACCUGCGUCUUUCAUGGGCAGAUCAGGGCAUAGACGAUGGUGAAAUACAGGCAGGUGCCUCGGUGAUGGCGACAGCUGCGGUGCUUCGGGGCGAGAACACACACCUGCGCAAGAAGAACGUGUGUCUGCUGGAAAUGAUGGACGCAUAUCGUCAAAAGGUGGUGGAGAUUGUCUCUAACCCCACCAGCGAGAGGGCGAGCGUGGCUGCAACGGUUCUUGCGCUUGACAAGUGCCUUGCUGAACAAGUGUCAGUCCUCCGGUCGGAGGAUGAUAAACCGCACAGUAUGAGCAGGCUAAGGAGCCUGAGAGAUCAGGUGGAGUACUGGCAGGAAAAGUACAAGGUGGAGAAGGAGCGAAACAGGCUAUUGUUGUGUGAUCUUCGUCUGGCUGUGGGGCACCUGAAAGAAAGUGGGUUUGACUCGAGGGUUGACGUGCAGUUGGCCAACCUUUUGGCUCUAAAUACCGCCUCUCAGGCGAGAGAGUCUGAGCUUCGUAGCCGUCUGCUUCAGUUGGAGGUAGAACUGCACAAACUAGACAUUGUGGACAGCAGUGACGUCUAUCCCUCGCAAGAUUCGCAGGAUGAUGGCAACCGGCAACGCGCCCGCGUUCAAGAACUUGAGAAAGAACUUCAGAGUGCUUUGGAGGCGAGUGAGGAGGCUGCAAGAGCGCAGCAGGAAUUCCUAAACCUCGCCGAGGUGGUAGAGGGAUUGGAGAGGUCUCUGCACACGGAACGAUGCAAAGUGGCCACCCUCACUGGGCAUGUGUCUAUGCUGGAACGAAAAGACGAAAAAAUGCUUCAUACACUAACGUACCUUCAAGAAGAGCUUAACAAAACUCAGCGUGAAAAAGACGGAUGCAACGAAUUGUUGAAUCGGGUUCAAGUUGAGGCUGAUGAAAAUGAAAGACGAGCAUUUUUGGCUCUUGCGGAAACUCGGGAGGAGUUGCAGCUAUUGCGGCGGGAGUUGCAGAAGUUGGAAGGCAGCAGGUAUCUGGCGUCAACGGUUUCCAUUCGGGAUACCGAGAUUGUGGGGCUUAAGAAGCAAUUAAAGUGUGUAAGGGGGAUGCUAUUAACGCGGCAUGAAGAAUCUCGUACAGUCACCACCGCAUGUGAUUCCAUGGUGGGCAUCAUACAGUCAAUGCAGCAGGAGUCUCAACUAACGCGACUGGUGAACACGGUGGAGGACAUUGACACACGCUUGGAACGUCUGAGCUCUUCAACAAAAAUGUGGAUGGAGAGGGAGGAUCAGAUCGCUGCUAGAGACGACGAAAUCCUUGUGUUGAAGAACUGUGUACAGUCACUGGAGAGUCGUAUGCGGCAUGUUUCGUCGUUAUUUCAGCACAUCCCUUACAGUGUUGAGGGUGUCGAAUCGCUGCUGCUGGAGCUGAAUGAGUACCGGCGGCGGUAUGGUAGGAGUGAGGAGAUCGAGGAGUUGGUGGCGUUGCGCUUGUUGGAGUUGGAAGCGCCACGCAACGGUGAUAGCGCCGCGGAAGAAUCAUAA